GCCCAGGACCCGGAAGCACUUUCCAGCCGCGGGGACAGCGCGGCGGUGGCUCCGCCACAGCCACAGCCCCGGUCACGGCCCCGGCCCCCGCCCCCGCCGCUCCCCGCCCGCCGCACGGCCGCCGCCCGGCCGCCGCCCCGCCGCCGCUGUCCUGCUGCUGCUCCGCCGCCGCCUCCUUCUCCUCAUGAAGCCCGUCGUCGUCUUCGUCCUCGGCGGGCCCGGAGCGGGCAAGGGGACGCAAUGCGCUCGCAUCGUGGAGAAAUACGGCUACACGCACCUUUCUGCCGGUGACCUCCUCCGGGAUGAGCGGAAAAGGCCGGGCUCACAGUAUGGAGAACUCAUUGAGAACUACAUUAAGGAGGGGGAAAUUGUACCAGUUGAAAUAACGAUCAGCUUGCUGAAGAGGGCUAUGGAUCAAACAAUGGCUGCCAAUUCCCAGAAGAACAAGUUUUUGAUUGAUGGAUUUCCCAGGAAUGAAGAUAAUCUUCAAGGCUGGAAUAAGACUAUGGAUGGAAAGGCGGAUGUUUCCUUUGUUCUCUUUUUUGAUUGUGACAAUGAGAUCUGUGUUGGUCGCUGUCUUGAAAGAGGCAAGAGCAGUGGUAGGAGUGAUGAUAAUCGGGAGAGCCUGGAAAAGAGAAUUCAUACAUACCUGCAGUCCACUAAGCCUAUCAUAGAUUUGUAUGAGAGAAUGGGAAAAGUCAGAAAAGUGGAUGCCUCUAAAUCUGUUGAUGAAGUGUUUGAAAAAGUUGUACAAAUUUUCGACAAAGAAGGCUAAUUCCCUGCUUGAAACUUCAUUUAAACUUGUGCUUGAAUCUUGCUUGAAUAGCUGCUACUGCAGUCCACUCUUUGUAAUUAUUUUAAAAGAUUUUUUAAUUUUUUUUCACAUAUCUAAUGAUGAUUGUAAAAGCAGUUAAUUAGAAAUUGAUCUGUUUUUUUAAAUAGGAAAUCAUUUCUUGUGGCUAUAGUAUACAAAUUUCAGGGUUCUCUGUUAGUAGAAGUCCAGUUACUCACAUGGCAGAAUCACAGUUAAUACAUCUCUCUGAAGAAACUAUUUAUUCUGUCACAGUUCUGUGCCUGUCGUGGGCAGGCAGCCCUUUUUAUUCCUUACUGCCAUACACCUAUUUUUAUUUUGUUUUUUAAGGAUUAACUGAACAGCAGCAUUAAGCAAUGAAGGACCCAUGUGCCCUUGUUUGUUUUUUGGAUGCUUGGACCAAAUUUAGCAAGUUUUUUUUGUUGUUGGUUUUUUUUUUUUUCAAAAUAUAAUUUUGUCAAAAAGUCACUGAUGUCCCCAAACACGAAUUCUGGAAGUCAAGCUACAGUUAAUAUGAGAAUCUGUUUUAGCAGUUCUCAAAGAACUAUUAAAUAUGCUUUUCAGGAAUAGACAUACAAAAUACUUUAUGGAAAGUGGUGCUUUCUUAUGACUCUGGAUGUAAACUGUCUUCUAAGUUCUUGAGUACCUGGAUGACUUGGCUCUGGGAUUUACCUUGUUUUCAUUUGCAAAAGAUUAAGAAAGUCAAUUUAAUAUUUCAAUGCUCAUUUAUUUUAAAUUAUAGUUACAUUCUUAGUUACAGCAUGGUCUUCACAAGAUGGCAAAGCUCUUAAAUAGUGUAGUAAAAGCAAAAUCUUCUAACAGUUCUGUCUUAGGUAACAAGUGGAAGGGAUUUUUCUUUAUUAUUGCUGAAAUACUGUGUUACCAAAUGCUUUAAGGUUUGUUACCUGGGGAAAUAUUUUUAUGGUUAAACUAGUGAAUUUGUUUCCCUAAAAAUGUAUAAUUUUAAUAGCUGUUUGUUUGAGAAGUUUGUAAAUUAUUGCACUUUUGUUACAAUGUGGUCAGCUGAGGGGAAGAUAACUGCAGAAAAUGUUUCAUUCCCUUAAACAGAUUGAGUCCUGCUUCACCACAUUCUCUUGGAGUAGCCAAGUACAGUCAACAGCAAGCUGGGAUAAGCAGAGAACUAAUUGAAACAAACUGGUUUAAAUGUUUGCACAGAUGUGGUGCAAUUUUGUCUUUUGUUUAACCUUCUCUCUCCCCUGUAUAGCAUGCAUAGGUCUGUGGGGGCCCACCCAUGCAUUCCUUGCAUGCCCUGAGCUUCCACUGAAGGCUUGAAGGAUGAGAGUUUUAACUAAUUUUAGUGAUAGAGUGGUUCUUCCUCCAUUAACUGACGCUAUAAUUGGUUUGUGAUAUGCUAAUUACACGGAACUGCAAUUUGGAAAUCUUGACGUUCAGCUUUUCUUUGGUGAUGACUUUGUCCAUUUAGGAAAAGGUUUAAAUUAUGCCUGGCUUCUAAUUAGAAUCAGAUGUGUUGGUCCUCAUCCUGCAGUCAGAUCUGUGCAGGCAGAUUUGUAUUUGCAGGAGUUCUCAUCUCGCUGAGGUUGUUGAGGCUGCUGGUCUGGGGACGAGAUGGGUACAGAAACAAAGGGUAAAAACUACAGUAGCUUUUCCAGUCUGGUAGGAGUUCAGACAAUGGACUGGGCACAAAUAGCUGUUUACUACUGCAGAAUAUAUGGACCAUGACUACUUUUGUGAGUGUGGGAGGCUGAUGCUUUCACUGCGAGUUUCCCCUUAAAAAAAAAAAAAAAAAGAAAACAUGGUAUUUAGUUCUUACUAUAUAAGUAUACUAUAUAGGAUAGGAUCCAGCAAAACUGCAUGUUUUGAUAUGAAGGUUAGAAUCAGGGUUUUUCAAAAAAUAUUUCAAACAGGAUUCUUUAAUCCAGUUAAUUAUCUUUUGUUUCUAAGUUAUUGGUUUUUAUGAGUUCUGUUCAGAAUAGAAUAUCCAUUUUCUCUCAUCCUACGCUUUUGUGUGUAUUUAAGUGCUGAAACAAAAAUAACUUUUGGAGCAAGUUUUAGAAAAAAAACCCCAAUGUUUUGGCAGUAUUGAAUUUGGAGUGGAUUGUAAUGUGUCUGUGCAAGGACUAGAUUUUUUGUCAUUUUAUUUAUUAAAGAUGCCAUUAAAUGUGUUACCACUUCUUCCAAGUUGGACUUAUGAUUGAAAUAAAGAUUAAAGGCAAUAUGCCAAUGUGUUGUGUCCAUUUAGCAGCAAAACUGUAUAAAGAAUUUGAGGAGAUCCAAUAAACUCUCUUCUGUGGCUUAA